AAUAUCACAGUGGGCGAGAUAAGAGAGGGGGGAAAGGAGGAGGGGAGGUAAAAAGAGUCAAUCGACCAUCACCAGCACUGACGUCCGGCAUUGGCGCUUCUUACUCCCUGCGUCCAAUUCCUAUGGACGAAUUCGCACUGUGUGGAAUACAUUCGCCAACUCGGCCAUCAUAACAGUGCUUUAUGCACGGAUUUCUUUCUUCCUUUAGAAUGUCUGAUGCCCUUUUCGCCGUUUAAGUGUCCAGAGCGAGGACCCCUGCACGCGGAGAAUUGAUCCUCAGUUGUUCAUCAACCAUGGUCGUCUUGCGGCUGUCCACACACAUCCUGAUGAUCCUGGCUUCAGUUUCACAACCUUCUCUAGGAUGUCCCUCCGGUUGCCGCUGCUACAGCCUGACGGUGGAAUGUGGCUCUUUUGGAAUCAAAGAAAUCCCACAGGGCAUCCCCUCUUUCACUGAGACAUUGUUCCUCCAGGACAAUGCUAUUGUGCAUAUUCGUCUUCAGGAUCUGACCCGACUGGGCAGGCUCCAUUACCUGUACCUCCAAAAUAACAGCAUUUCAGCUCUGGAGCCGGGAGCAUUUCUCAGUCAGGGUCAGUUACUCGAGCUCGCUCUCAAUGGAAACCUCAUCCAUCUCAUCACCCCAGAGAUGUUCCAAGGUCUGGAGCAUGUUCGGAUCCUCUACCUUGCAGACAACCAGAUCACUCGAGUCCAGGACAACACUUUCCGGGGUUUGCUGCGCCUCCAGGAACUCCACUUGCAGAAAAACAGCAUAGAGCUACUGGCAGACAAAGCUCUGUCUGGGCUGUCGUCUCUGGCUCUACUGGAUCUCAGCCAAAAUCACCUCCAUACCUUGGGAGCCUCAACACUCCAGCCACUUGUCAGCCUGCAAGUGCUCCGAGUCACAGAAAACCCAUGGCGCUGUGAUUGUGCUCUCGGUUGGCUAAGGACAUGGAUCAGUGAGGACGGACAGCGGCUGUUAAGCACAGCCGAGCAGCGUCGAUUAAUGUGCUCUGAGCCACCUCGCCUUUCCCACCUCAGCCUGGGGGAGGUAGCUCCAAACAGCCUGGUAUGCAUUCCCCCUGUCGUACAACUUGAACCGAGUCAUCUAACUGUAAGACUCGGGGAGAGCCUCAGAGUCUCAUGUCAAGCUUCAGGAUAUCCCCAGCCUCAGGUAACUUGGAAGAAAUCUUCCAACGGCAAGGCCCAGUUGUCCCCGCGAGGCUUGGUUCAAGAGCUGGGGCCCAAUGGUGAACUAUUCCGACCUGGCGUUGGAGGAGUGGUGACGGCGCUGCCCAGCAGCGGGGGGAUGAAGACUGGAGGACUCAAAGGGCUUGUACGUGGGACCGAGGAGGGCGGUGAGAGGGACAGCUUCGACCCAGAUAUGGGCAGCGGCAUGCUCUUCCUCAGCAAUGUGACCGUAGCACAUGCUGGUCGCUAUGAGUGCGAGGCAUGGAAUCCUGGUGGUGUGGCAAGGGUUACAUUUCACUUAGCGGUCAAUAUGUCUUCAUCUUCAUAUCCGUCCCAAUUCUGGCCUCAAUUGAACACACACGCAUCGGUUUCAUCCUCAUCAAAUUCCUUCUACCAACCAAAGGUUGUGGAUGUUAGCCAGGAGCCACUUUAUGAGCAAGACAGCAUGGACUUUAGUGCUCUUGGCCCGGCCACACAGACCGCCAUCGCUGUUGGCAUCUCCUUACUCGCACUUACUGCUAUUCUUCUCUUGGUUAUGAUCUAUACCCGUCAUCAGCAAUACCAUAAAGAAGAAGUGGAAUCCUACUGUACCAGCAAAGAAGAGAGCAUUAUCUAUGUAAAUGAUUACUCUGAUGGACCAACCACUUUUGCACAGCUGGAGGAGUACAGUGAUGACCAUGGCCAUGAGAUGUACGUGCUGAACCGUGCAAAGCCAGUUGGGUCCGCCUCGGUGAGGUGUCCUAUGAUGGGAGAGUAUGUCCAACAAAAGAGCAUGAAAGAAGCUCUGCUGGAUCAUCAAGUGAUUCAGACCCUGUCCAGAUCAGGAGGAAUGGAGGUUAGGAGGAAUCCAGGCGAUGGCGGCGAGGGGCCAUUAAGCACGCAUCAAGAGGAGGUCUUCCUCAGUCAGAGUCUUCUUUUUGGAUCACAGCUUGCUUAUGAAAUCCACUGUUAAGUGGACAAACACAAUAUGUUAUCAAAGCCACUAAAUGAGACCAAUUUGGAAUGAUGUGUAGAGUGAUGGAAAGCAUCAAAUCAUGCAGAUUUUUAGGGAAAAGCAAAAAAGAGAACAUUACAUAUCUGAUAUAUACUGAACCGUUUAUUCUGGAGCCUACCCCAUUUGACUUCAGGCGGUACACCCUGAAUUGGUUGGCAACCAAUCCCAGGGCACACACUGACACGCAAGCAUUCCCAAUCACACCUAAGGACAAUUAAGAAUCCCCAAUUAACCUAUCACGCAUGUCUAUGAAAUGUGGGAGGAAACCGGAAUACCCAAAAGAGACUCGCAGGCACAAGGAAAACAUGCAAGCUCCACACGGGAAGUCCGGAGCCGGAAUCCAAUCCCGCACCUCUGAACUGUAUUAACCACUGCUCUACUGCGCCACCCGCA